UUCGCUUCUCUCCACUAACACGGAAGAACUCCAUCCGCUGAAUUCGCUACUACCCUGCGUGGAGAUUUACGGAGUCCGCCAUGCAGGACAGAGUCACCUUUUGAGAGGCGGCCGCCCUCGUUCUCGUUUUCCGUCUCUCCCUGCCCGAGACUUCUUAGCGUGCGACGAACUCAAACACUCGUCGUUUUCUCUCGCUUUUUAGGGGGGGUGCGAAGGUCCCCGAAUUCUCUCUCCCCCCGUUUCGCUGGAAGCCUCUCUCUCGACAAUGUCGGAAGGACGCCGAGCUCCUUGCCUUGCAGCGGCGUCGGCGCUGAAGUUUCCGAUGCUGCCCGACGCAAGUCCUCUUUCGUGGAAAUAUUUAGCAGAAGGGGGCGUUCAUCUCGUGUUUCGCUACGUCGGUGAGAAGGAAGGUCUCCAAGGAAAAGUCCUCAAACUCAGAAAGCGCCCCAACGCAGUCAAAUGGGAACUGGUGCAGGAAUUCUGUGCUCUCGUACGUACUCUGUCUGAGAGAAACGAGAGAGAAAACGCAAAGAGUGAAGGCAGGAAGACCCUUUCGGCGAACUCGAAAAUCCAAACACACGCUCAAGCUGAUUCGCUCUUGUCUUGUGCUCGGAGGAAGACGCCGAAACGCGUCCUCGUUUCCGCCCCGCGAGACGGUGACGCAGAAGCCGCGGCUGCAGUACAGACACCCGAGGCUGCUCGGACGCGUUGCUGCACUCUUGGACAGGAAGGCGACGACGCGUCUUCUCCCUGGCUCGAAGAAACCGACGACAGCAGGGCGCUCUGCCCCUGCGUAGUCGAAGACGACUUUGUCGGAGUCCCGCCGGUGAUGCAAGCCGCGUUCGCUUCUUUGGAGCGGAGAGAGACGGACGCUUGCCAGCCACCGGAGCGCGCGAGAGAGAGUGGAGAGAAAGUCGGCGACCGCGGGCGGCGCCUGAGCAGUCGCUGUCAUUGUUUGACGCAUCUGCAUGGGGACGCAGAAGCACCGGCGCGAGCAGUUGGAGAGAGAGAGAGGUACCUCGAGGUCUCCUCGUUCCCCGCGCGCUACUUCAGUGUCGAGCUCAAACCCAAGUGUGGACUCUUCGAAGACGAUUCGUCAGCAGAAAGUGGAGCCUCUGACGGCGCCUGUGUGCCAGCUCGGAACGAAACGCCCUUGUCUCCCACUGCUCCCCAAAAGAACCUCAGAGGCGUUGACGAUCAGGAUCCUCGUCCCGACCCUCCAAACGCCUCUCAUGGGUGUCUCUCGUCUUCCUCUUCUCUCUCGUCUUCCUCAUCGUCGCUGUCUCCGUGCUCCAGCUCGUCUGUUUCGCCUUCGCCUCCGUCUGUCAAAGAAGGCAGAAAGAAGAAGAAGAAGAAGGGAAUCGCGUUGCCGAGUCGAUUCGCCAUGCAGCAAUUUCUCAAGCUGUCUCGCGGAGCUAUUCCUACACGUUCGCUCUUCGACCCGCCGCAUCUGUUCCGGUGUACGUACACCGCGUUUCGUGCGGAGAUUGCGCACUUGGCUGUCUCGCCGCAAAACAAUUUUGCAGUUUUCCUCGACGGGCAGCCGGUCUCGGCGACCGCCUUGGUGGACUCUGGCUUUCUGCUCCGGUUCAGCGCCGAAGCACACACGAAAAAGAAGCGAGACGACGUGGAAGAGCUGAGGCGCCUCACAAGCGGCGGGUCGCCGGAAGACACGACAGAGGGGAGACAGCAAAUUGGCGGAGACCGGAGAGAACACACAUGCGAGAAGAAGGCGUUGCAUGCGCCGCCCUUCGCGCAAAGCGAACGCGAGACGCAAGUUGACGUCGGAGAUCUUCUUGCAUGCAUUUGGGAGGAAGCGAAAGACUUGUUUUCGAGCAUCUUGCUCCUGCAAGCCUUUGCAGCGUCUCAACAGAGACUGGCAAAUUCUCUCGCAGCCGCGCUCAAAACAGCAACCGCAGGCAUGCACCGUCCUUUCAGGGAAAGGUACCUUUUGACGUCCUUCGAGAGGUAUUGCCAGGCUGUGACCCAAGGCCUCGCGCUUCUCAAAGAUCCGGUCGUCGCCCCGACAGCAGUGUCUUCUUCCUCUGCUGUCUCUUCUUCGCCUUCCUCUUCUUUAGCAUCUUCUUCCUCUUCUUCUACCUUUUCUCCUUCGUUUUUGCCUGCUGGUCACCGUGGAUUUUCCUCGGCCCACGAGGCGGCGCAGGACCUUCAGAUGGCGCACGCCAAAGAAGGCCGACGCGUGGUGGCGCGGCUGCGCGGCUUGACGGAGAAAAGUCGGCCAAGGCGACUGGACGCACCUGCUCCCGUUUCCUCCGGAGAGACCAGCGUGCAGAUCGCUGAGGGGCGCGAGAGCCCAGAGCCUCCGCGGAGACCUCCAGAAGGCAGCAGCCUUCUUUUCUGCGGUGACAGUGUGUCUUUUUCCGGUAAAGGCGUCUCUGAGGAGCCGAACGCAGUCGACGAAGGCUUUGCAUGGCUGACCAGAUAUCUAGUUGGCCGUGCUUUCAUGGACGCGAGCAUCAUGACGAACAUCAUCGUCACCGGAACAGAUCGCGCGGUCGAGGAGAUUGCUCGCGCGUCCACUUCAUCUGACGCCUCUUCUCUGAGUCGAUUCCGUCGUCUAAAAAGACUGCCUUUGCGGAUGCAAAAGAGAGAGGUUUCUUCUUCGCUCUCUGCCUGCACUCUUCACGCAAAUGGAUCUUCACGGAUCUGUCGGGGGACUUCAAGCGACGCUCAAGAAGAGGAAGGCAAAGAAAUGUCCGAAAGGGGAGGGAACCGAGCAAAACAACGAACGGGAAACGGACAGCAGAACGGGGAAGGACAGGCAGAGGGGAGAGAAAAUAAAAACGAGGAGGAACCGAGACAUGGAGAGGAAAACGAACGUGGAGAAGCUGAGGAAUUCCAGCGGGAUACACACUGUGGAGUCCGAUCUUCCGGGGCAGAGGGAAACAGAGACAGACGAUGGAAGUCUUCUCACAUGGUGGAGCGGCAGAGCGACCGUGAAAAUGGCACCGAGACUUUGAAGGAAUCAAACGCGCCUACCGGGCUGCGAGCGCCGGUUCGUUAGAACAGACCGGAGUUUCCAAGCUUACCUGAAGGAGGAAGCCAGUUUAGUCGGAACUGCAUGCGCGCGAAUUUCUAGGCUAGGUAAGCCUCUGUCUUUUGCGCUUCUCUAAAGGACACGAACAGCUGUAGUGUCA